UAAGAGUUACUGUAUGAUAAUUGAUCACGUCAUUCUAUAUGAAUUUAUUGCCUCGUUCAGUUAGGAUUUGAUGUUUUGUAGCGUUGUUAUGAGGUCAUGAAGCCUGUCAGGCCAGGUAUUUGUGCAACGUGUGCGUGUUGAAAGGUUGACACCCCACAUUGAUAGCUUUAGUUGAGGCUCGAGCGAGGAAGCCGUAAAGCAACAACAUCCCAACCGCAACAGCGACGGUAGAGGACAUGAUAACCGUGGAGCGGGCCUUUAUUUCCAUUCCGCAGCGCCUACGCCGAGCUCAUUGAGUCGGUAUCCAGCGUCCCGACAUGGGGAAGGAGGUAAACGGCGUUUCGCGGAGCCGCUUUGAGAUGUUCACAAAUAGUGACGAGGCGGUCAUCAAUAAGAAGUUGCCUAAAGAGCUGCUGCUACGAAUCUUUUCCUUUCUGGAUGUGGUGACACUGUGUCGAUGUGCCCAGGUCUCACGGUCCUGGAAUGUCUUGGCCUUGGAUGGCAGCAACUGGCAGCGAAUUGACCUCUUUGAUUUUCAGAGGGACAUUGAGGGCCGGGUGGUGGAAAACAUUUCCAAGCGAUGUGGAGGCUUUCUUAGAAAACUCAGCUUAAGGGGUUGCCUGGGUGUCGGUGACACUGCCUUAAGGACUUUUGCACAGAACUGCAGGAAUAUUGAGCUACUUAGUUUGAAUGGAUGCACCAAGAUAACUGACAGCACUUGUAAUAGUCUCAGUAAGUUCUGUCCAAAGUUGAAGCACCUAGACCUUGCAUCCUGUACCUCAAUCACCAACCUGUCUCUUAAAGCUCUCAGUGAGGGUUGUCCUUUGCUAGAGCAGCUGAACAUCUCCUGGUGUGAUCAGGUCACAAAAGAUGGCAUCCAAGCUCUGGUGCGCUCCUGUCCUGGACUCAAAGGCCUUUUUCUUAAGGGCUGCACACAGCUAGAAGACGAGGCUCUGAAGCAUAUCGGGGCGCACUGUCCGGAGCUGGUUACCCUCAACCUGCAGACCUGCUCACAGAUCACAGAUGAGGGCCUCAUAACUAUCUGUCGAGGUUGUCACCGUCUGCAGUCUCUCUGUGUGUCGGGUUGUGCCAACAUUACAGACGCCAUCUUACACGCACUCGGACAAAACUGCCCGCGUCUCAGAAUAUUAGAAGUGGCUCGCUGCUCUCAGCUUACAGACGUGGGCUUUACUACAUUAGCAAGGAAUUGCCAUGAACUUGAGAAGAUGGAUUUAGAAGAGUGUGUACAGAUCACAGAUGGAACUUUAAUCCAGCUGUCCAUUCACUGCCCUCGCCUGCAAGUCCUGAGUCUGUCUCAUUGUGAGCUGAUCACAGACGAUGGCAUCAGACACCUGGGCAGCGGCCCCUGCGCUCACGACCGCCUGGAGGUGAUCGAGCUGGACAACUGCCCCCUCAUCACAGACGCCUCGCUGGAGCACCUGAAAAGCUGCCACAGUCUGGAUCGCAUUGAGCUUUAUGACUGCCAACAGAUAACCCGUGCUGGCAUCAAAAGACUACGGACUCAUCUGCCUAACAUCAAAGUGCACGCAUACUUCGCUCCUGUCACUCCACCCCCCUCCGUCGGGGGCAGCCGUCAGAGGUUUUGCCGCUGCUGCAUUCUGCUAUGAUGCAAAGACAACCCUCCCCCCUCCCCCUCCCCAGUGUCAACUCCCCAAACACAUUGCCACACCUUCUCAUCUUCUGUCAAAAGCAAAAGCAUACAAAAAUCUUCAUGCUGGUGUGCCCCGCUCUGCUUUCUUCUUGUUGGAGCUUCAGAGAAAGGGAGAGAACCAAAUCGAAUGAUGGAGAUCAGGAUUCUGGAUAUCCAUCCUGGGAAAAAAAAAAGGUUUUGACCCCCCCACCCCCCAAACCAUACAUGGAAAUGAACUGUGUCGUCUUCAUCGGGCACAUCAGUAUUAUAAAGAGGGGCUCUGUGCAUAGCAGCUGUGCUCAUCAGUGCUAUAAGAUUUCACCUAAAUGAAGUAUGGACGCAUCCCCCUCCCCCAUUAAACUCUGAAUUUCCCUCGGUUCUGAAGGUCACUCAAAAGCUACCUCUAAACAGGAACUGCACUUGAGUAAGACCAGUGUUUGCUGAUUAUUUCAAAGAAUAAAAGCGGCAGCGACGAAGCCCGAAAACUGCCAGCAGCUCCGACAAAGAAAAGCAAAUAAAGCAAUUAGAACUCGCAGCUAUUUGCACUUACAGUGAAAAAGAAAACGAUGAUCAGACACUUUACUAACAUCACACACUGGCGCUCACAGCUGUCGUCCUCUCACCUCUAUCCGUUACAAUCAGACGCUUUAAGAUACUGAAGAGAAUGGAAGAAAAAAAUUCAAAUAUUUUUCUAAAACUCAAGACUCACAAGUGGGGACUUAAGAAGAUGCCAAAUCUUGCAUGUAACUCCUCUAGUCUUUUUUUUUUUUCUUUUGUUUUUUUUUUAAUUAAGAAGACAAACGAGUGUAAAUAUUUAAAGGAUUUAGAGGCGAAGCCAGCAAACAGAAGCAGGACCGUGACCUAAGAUUGGGGGCAGUGAUUUCUAAUCAGAGGAAGAUCCGGCAAAGUUCGAACAUGCUCGUUUACAUACUGAUUAGCUGGAGAGUCUGAGCCAGCUGUGUUUUGAGGCGAACUGAUGGUGGCCUGUUACAGCUUAUGACGACAACAGAAAUAAAAAACGUUUUCUUUCCCUAAGAGGUAGAACUGGUGGAAAGAAAAAUCCGGCAUCACUACAGGAAUACGAGCUGUCGAAGAACAAUGGAAAGAUAAAGCCAACUUUAGGAAGGAAAAAAAAAAAACGGUGUUGGAUCGUCUUCUUUCCGUUAGUUUGAUUUCAUUGAGUUGCUUUUUUUUUUUUUCGUGUGGAGGACAAAGGACAUGCUUGAGGUCUAGAUCUGCAUCUCCUCCACUCCUAAGAGGCCUUGCAGGAGCACCUCUAUCUGUCUGAGACCAUUGACCCUGCAGUCGCUUAAAGAGGAAGCUGACUGAAUCUGAGGAGCGCACUAUCUUGGCCUGCAGAGGAGGAGCUUCUACAGGACAUCAGCUCCUGACCUUUUGAAGUAUUGAAGCCUUUUCUUAUGAAUUGCUCUGUCCUGCUUUCACAUCUGCUUCUUCCUAUUUCUCCAUAUAAAUGUUAUUUUUUUUUCUCUCCUUGCUGUAAUUUCUUCUGAGUCUUUCGUUCUUGUUUUGCUGUGGUUUGAGUUCUGUCUCCGUUGUGUUUGAGGUCGUAAGUCCAAGUCUUUGUGGAAAGAGCUUAAGCCCCAUUUUUCAAUCCUAGUUUUCAUCUGAUGGAGUUUAUUUCAUUAAGUUUGUUACUAAAUGUGUAGCAUUUGUCCGUGGGAAGUGUUGGCAUCAGUGCAAUUGUCCUUUUUUUCUAACUACAUAAAAUAUGUGGCGAUUUCUAGUUGAAUGUUUUAAUCAAGGAGAGGGAUAUUAUUUAAAAUUACCCCACCAACAUGCUUUUUUUUAUUUUGCCUUGUUUUCAGGAAAAGAAAAACUUUAUUCAAUGUCCUCACCCUAUUUGCUUCAAACUAAGGGGCAAAUACGAGCACUGAGCAAUAUUUUAACAUGCAUUGAAACAAAUUGGCAUCAGGUAAUCCAAAUCAUGAUUCUAUUCAGCUUGAAUUUAGUCAAAAGAGGGCUUUAUGAGAGGAUUUCUAUAGAGGCGAGU